AUGUUACAUUUCCGUCGAUAUUUGCAUCGAAUAUUAUUCUUGCUGGUAUUCUUUGUUCUUUCCUACUUUUUAUACCCGCGAACCCAAAACGUGAGGCGUUUGAGAUAUCCGGCUGUCCCGCAAGAUGGAUUUUCGUGCCCGAGUAAUUACAUUAGUAAUGUUUCGGCUGUGGAUUUGACCCCAAAAUGGUCAAGAGAAACAGCGAGGGUUCUGGUUAUUGGUUUAAAAAAUGAUAAGUUGGAAAAGAGGGCGAUCAUUAACUCCCUUGAUUACCUGAAGAUUCCUGUUUUUGUGGAGAAUAUUGAAGAGAUAUCUGGAUUGUUAUUAGAAUUUACUUCUGGAAUUUUGUAUGAAGUUAUAAUUUUUACUGACCUCAACAUCUUCUACUCAUUAUCAGCUGAAGAUAAGGUUCUCUUGGAGAAUGCUUGUUCCAAAUACAAGAUUGGUAUUAUUUCAUUUACCAAACGAACUGGGUCCUACCAUGAUAUUGAUGUUGUCCAAGUUGUGAAGCCGGUUAAUUUCAAAUUCAUUGAUGGAAAUUUCACGCGAAUCGCUAAAGUCGGUACAAAGAUACCUGAACUUCUACCAGAUAUCUCUGCGUGGUACAGGAUCGACAUUAAACAAGGAUGGAGCAGUGUGAUAGUAGCGGAGGACAAAAAUGGUACAUCGAUCAAUGUGGCGGUGAGAAGAGAUUCUCCUUUCGAUCAUGUUGUCAUCGGACAUAAUCUAACAAAUUGGGUAACAAAAGUGGCCUUCUUGGAUGCGCUUUCCUUCUUACUCGGUGAGAAAUGGACUGGUGGAAAUGAGAGGUAAGUACUUCUAUACUGUUUUGUGUUUAUUCUUUCUUUAGGUUUAUUCAAAUUGAUAUCGACGAUGUUUUUGUUGGGCAAGUUGGUACUCGCAUUGUCAAGGAGGACGUCACUAGAUUGAUUAAAGCUCAGAAAACAUGGAGGGAUAGUUUUAUCGAUGGAUUUACAUUUACAUUGGGAUUCUCAGGGUCUUUUUUUGGACGAGGAACAUCUGAAGAACUCGAUGGUGAUGAGGAACUUCUAAGUAAUUAGAUUUUUUUAAUUUUAAUUGUUUUUUAGAGCAAGCUCAUCAUUUCUUAUGGUUCCCUCACAUGUGGAAACACAACCAUGCCCAUGAAUAUUCAUAUGACAAUCUUACAAGUCUGAUGGAUCUCAACAAACAAUUCGCUCUUUCGAAUGGUCUAAAUGUAUCUCUCAAUUACGCGGUUUCUCCUCAGCAUACUGGGGUUUAUCCAAUCCAUCAACCUUUAUACAAGGCUUGGAAAGAGAUAUGGAAUGUGAAAGUGACUUCGACGGAAGAGUAUCCUCAUUUUCAGCCAAGUUCAAAAAGGAGAGGAUUCGCAUUUAAUGGGAUAAGAGUGCUGCCCAGACAAACUUGUGGAUUGUACACUCAUACUAUGUACUUCCAUGCUCUUCCAAAUGGAUUCAAAGCAUUCAAAGAUAACAUCGAAGGAGGCUCUGUCUUCAAUGAUAUCCUUUUUAAUCAGGUAAAUUGAUCUCAUUUGUUUUUGAACCUGAAGCUUUAGUUCAACAUCUUCAUGACACAUCAACAGAAUUGGGGAAAUGACCGUCUGGCAAUUUAUUUGUUUGAAAACACCUUCACAUUUAUAAAGUGUUUCACAAAUCUUCGGCUGAAGUGGAUUCCACCGACAGAAAUGGCUGUCAGAUACUUUAAGCGUACUGGAUCUUCAGAAUCCCUCUUGUAUACCGACGAAUGUAGUGACAAAAGACAUGUUCAAGGUUUAUCUUAUUUGAGGAAAUGCGACAACUCUUCAACUUUACCCAAUUUGCUGAUACUGGGACCUCAGAAGACAGGUGCGUGGUCGAUUAUAUUGUAUUUUGUCUUUAGGUACAACUGCUCUUGCUGAAUUCCUCAAGAUCCAUGCAAAUGUUUCGAGUAACAUUGAUGUGAUUGGAUCUUUCGAAGAACCUCAGUUCUUCGGCCAAAAUAAUUACCUAAAAGGGGUUAAUUGGUAUAAGAAGUUGUUUAAUCAAGGUCAGAAGGUCGUGUUUGAGAAGUCCGCCAAUUACUUUGAUAAUCCUAAGGUAGCAGAGCAAGUUUUCCACCUUCUACCAAAGUCCAAAUUCAUCGUUAUCCUGAUGGAUCCGGUCGAUCGAGCGUACUCUUGGUAUCAGGUAAGAAUAAUUUCUAUUUCCUUUUUCAAUCGUCUUUUCAAGUGUUAUUUGAUAUCUUUAUUUGUCCAUUUUAGCACAUGAAAGCCCACAAUGACUCCAUUGCAUCUCAAUUCAAUUUGUCUUACAUUUUAAAGGAGAAGAAUGACAACUCGAUUAAGAGGCUAAGACGAAGAUGUCUGAACCCGGGAGAAUAUGCGGUGCAUUUACAUCGAUGGCUGGAGUUAUUCAAUUUUGAUCAGUUCAUCUUUAUCGACGGAAAACAGUUGAAAGAAGAGCCGAGCAAAGUCAUGAAUCAACUCUUGAGGGAUCUUCAUCUGCCUUUUAUGGAUUAUCGCAGAAUACUCAAGUAUAACGAAAAGAAAGGGUAUUUCUGCAUCGAUUUCAAAGACAAAACGAAGUGCCUUGGCUCUUCAAAGGGCAGAAAAUACGACAAAAUGGACGAAGAAACGAGAAACCUCUUGGAAAAUGAGUUCAGAUACCAUAAUCGGGAUCUCAAGCUGCUUCUCACUCAUUUUAAGUCUAAAUUGCCAUACUUUUUAAAGUGA